CCACCAAUCCAUUCUCUCGGUCCUCGUCUGCUCUGGUAUCGCAACUGUCUCGAUUGGUCGAGCCUGAGCCAGCAUGGCGGCGUCCGAGUAACCCCGGCGGUAACGCGAAGGGGACGGCGGCCGUGGCGGGGGCCAGCGCGGGUGAGAGGUCGCCAUGCUGAGGGCCGCGUGGAGGGCGCUGAGUUCGAUCCGGACCCGGGCCGUGACCCAGGCCCCAUUCCGUGGGCCGCCGGGCGGAGGGAGCCCCAGGCUUCCUUCCAGCCAGUGGGGCCUGCAGCCUCGAAGUCCCCUCCUCCAGGCUGCCCGCGGACGUGCCAUCCAGAAACCAGUCCAGCCCUGGCAAGAUGAUGACCUGCCCCCUUCCACUCUGCUCAAAGACUACCAGAAUGUCCCUGGAAUUGAGAAGGUCAAUGAUGUCGUGAAAAGACUCUUGUCUUUGGAAAUGGCCAACAAGAAGGAGAUGCUAAAAAUCAAGCAAGAACAGUUGAUGAAGAAGGUUGUGGCAAACCCUGAGGACACCAGAUCCCUGGAGGCACGAAUUGUUUCCUUGACCGUCAAGAUCCACAAUUAUGAAGAGCACAUGCAGAAACAUCGAAAGGAUAAAACCCAUAAACGCUAUCUGCUGAUCAGCAUUGACCAGAGGAAAAAGAUGCUCAAAAACCUCCGUAAGACCAACUAUGAUGUCUUUGAGAAGACAUGUAGGGAACUCAGGAUUGAGUACACCUUUCCCCCUCUGUAUUACCGAAGAGCCCACCGCCGAUUCGUCACCAAGAAGGCGCUGUGCAUUCGGGUUUUCCAGGAGGCUCAAAAGCUGAAGAAGCAAAAAAGGGCCUUAAAAGCUGCAGCUGCAGCAGCCCAAAAUCAAGGCCAGAGGAACCCAGAGACCCCUUCCAAGGACCGACCAGAGGCACUCAAAGAAAACCAAUAAAUCCUGUUAAAAUUCUU